GUGUGUGCGGCGGCGGCGGUGGCAGGCAAUCAUGGACGUGCCCCGCAUGAUGGCCGCCUUGCAAAAGGUAUCGCUUUACACGCGAGCCUUGGCUGGUGUUAUGGUCCUGCUCUACGUUUUGACGUUUAUACCUGGCGUCUACCGCUACCUCGCCGUCACCCCAGCCGAGGUUGCGCCUCCGCUCGUCCACAUCUGGGUCAUCAUCACUGGAGCCUAUAUUGAAGGAUCCAUCUUCGGGGAAUUCAUCGCCAUUGUCAACGUGGCCACGGUCCUGGCCACCACAGCCGCCUUUAUCUUUCUAUUCGCCGUGACAGGGGACAUUGGCAUGCUCUUCUGGCAGUUUUCCGGCUUUACGGGCUGUGUCGCGGGCUUUAUGGUGGCGUACAAGCAAGCCUAUCCACAGCACAGUCUAGUUCUUGGACCCCUGCGUCUGGAAAGCAAGGACGGGCCCUUGCUCUUGAUUCUGGUGCUCACCGUUUUGCGCCUGAUGCAUGUCAUCUCCAUGGCCCCUGUCCUGAUGGCAGUCUUUGGGUUUCUGGCAGCCUACAUCUUUCUCAGACACUAUCAAUAUCGUGACCACCUGCGGGGCGAUCCAUCCGAUGCUUUUGCGUUUGAAGAGUUUUUUCCCACUGGCACCCACAUUGCUUCACUGAUUCACAUCCGGGAUGCCCUCCGAAAUCGCUGUAGGAGUGUGGUCAGGCUUCUGUGCCCGAAAAACGGUCGGGCUUUCGACCUGAGCAAGACUUCACAGCUGCAUCUCAACAUGCCUGACCUGCGCAAUUCCGAGUCAAACCGCCGACAAGCCAAGGCUUUGCGAGAUCUGGAUCAACGCCUGCAGUCCGUUGUCGUGCAACAAGCACAACAAAAGCGCCAAGCGCCCAAUAAUGCUCCGGACUCGGCGGCCUCAGCCGAAAGCUCUGCCCCGCCGACCCUGUCGCCCACACCAGAACCAGCAACAGCCUGA